GUGGAAAUAGCGAAGCGCAUAUCAGUGUUUGGAGCGACUGGUGGUCAAGGUGGUGGAGUCGUCUCAGCUCUUCUCAAAGCCAUAAAAAGAGGAGAAAAUUACGCUGUGCGUGCACUCACAAGAAACCCAGAUGGAGCUAAGGGGCAAGGACUGAAGAGCAAGGGAUGUGAAGUUGUCAAGUGUGAUCUAGAUGAUAAAGAAUCUGUGGAGAAGGCGAUUCAUGGCUUUUACGGAGUUUUCUUGGUCACGAAUUACUGGGAGCAUUUUAGCAAGGAGAAAGAAAUUGAACAGGGCAAACGAGUGAUUGACGUGUGCGAGGCGUUGGGAGUGAAUCACUUGAUUUACAGUGGCUUGGAACAUGUAAAGAAGGUGAUUGGAAUUGAAUGUGGUAAGUUUUAUUUAUCUAGAUGUUCCCAGCAUUUCGUGACCUAAUUAAUGUAUUCAAGUGAUGCCCAAAUAUUGAUGUGAUGACUUGAAAAAAUCCUAGUUCACUGUUAUCAAACAAAGAUUUGAGUAAGGUUAGGAAAACACCGAAAACGAAGAGGAAAGCUCAUUACGUAAUGGCGCCGUUGUCCCGGGGCUUUGACUUCAAUUCCAUCCAGUAACUGAGUUGGACCACAGGUACCCCAAGCUCACGAGUGAGUUGCAUAACAGAAUUGUUAUAAUAGUUUGUGUGGAAAAUUUAUAGACCGUUGCUCUCUCUAUGUAUGCGAUAAUUAUUUAUAUAAAAUUCGCUAAAAUCGCAAUGAAACGGCCAGAAAUGCUGAGAACAUACCACAAACAAAACAAGCAGACAAGGUAGGGAGUUUUGAUGUAUUUUUAUUUCUAUUUUAAGGCCCUAAAUAUUUGUCGAUAAAUUUUCCAUACAAACUCUUAUAAUAUUUCUGUUACGUAACCCAUUCUCCUUCUGUCGGAUAUAUCAACGAAACAAAGUAUUAAGUAACGCAGUGAAGAGUAACGGAGUAAGGGAGAAACAAGUGACGGGGUAAAAAAUUCCAGGCCCUUGAUUUUUUUCUCCUUUUUUACUAGGUUAAAAAAGAAUUAAAAUGACAAACAAAAUAGUAAGUUCUGGUACUGCUAUGUGUUUGAUGUACUCCGCAGAAGGUUAUCACAAAAAUAUGACCAGUCAGGUAUGCGAACAGUCGGAUAAUUCUUUACCAAAUAUUACCUCAUCAGCUGUUGAAGUACAAGUGUCACGUAUCCCUGACGGUUUUUCCGUUUUAAUUCAUUGUGACACAUUGACAUUAUUUCAGAAGUCUUACAUGAGGUACAGACCAACAAAAAUCGCUUUUUAUGACUAGAAAUGAAAUAAGGCCCGACAGUGAUGAAAUACAGGCAAAUGCAGCAGAAACGGUAUAAUGAAAAGGAAAUAUUUUGAAAUUUGCGGGGAGAAUUGGGCUUAAAUCCAAACUUAAGUACUGAAAAGUUCGAAAAUCGAUUUUAAUCGGGAGAUUAGGUGACCCGUCAGGAAGACAGGAAGAUUUGUGCUGCAUCCGGGAGAGUUGGCAUACAGUGGAACCUCGCUAAGUACGGACACCCGCGUAAUGCGGACAGUCGUAUAUAACGAAAAGUUUCGUUUGUCCUGACGUAUUUUCUCCAAAAUUGACCCACUUAAUACGGACACCGGUUGAUAGAGUGUUUUCACUCACGUGGCCAGCAUCUAUGCAAAUUUAUUGGUACAAAUAAAAGCGUUUGCAUAAGAAAAGAGUUCAACUCCCACAUGCCAGGACUCAGUCUGGUUUGGGACACCAACAUGGCCGCCGUUUCAUUGUUUUGGGACACCAAUAUGGCCGCCGUGACGUCAUGUGAAAACACUAUUUAAGAACAACAGACACUUCUCUGUGUCCCGAGUCACAAACUCUGAUAUAUCGUCAACCCCGCUUUACACUGAUACUGAAUACCCACGCACUAUUUACUUUCCUUGUCACUAUCAUGUACUAAAAACGGUAACAAAAUAGCGUAACAUGUUUGGUUUGAUCGGCCCGUCUUUCUUUCCUUGUGUUUGACCCACCCUUGUACUGUAGCCGUUUGAUGAGGUUUUAUCCCUGCAGUUACUGUUUUUACCUUUCUUUCUCUUGACUGCUACAUGUGUCCGUGACCAAUUUUCCGACAGCUCACUUAAUACAGACACCCGGAUGAAGUGGACACUGUGGUAUGUCCCCUUGGUGUCCGUAUAAACGGGGUUCCACUUUAUGUGUAAGAGUACCAUUCAAAAGGAUAGCAUUUGAUCUGUCCGGUCAUCAUGUCCAACUGCAGGUAGGAUUAGUUUUCGUCAGACAUCGUAACAGUUGGACAUCGUCCGAUGACCAACUGUUAUUUGCAGCUCUGCAUGAGGACCCCUACUUUCGGGGGACAAGCGAAGAAAACUUGGCGCCUGUAAUGUAUCCUCUUCCCGCCAUCGCUCAAAUGUCAUCCUUCUGCUCAUGCGUAAACAGAUCCUUUCAUACUCGACCCCAGGGUCCUUCUUUUCUUUUGGUGACGUGGUCUUAGCCAAGUGGCUCUGAGGACAAGAAGAAGGGUUUGUUUGGUUGCUAUGCCAUUAAAUCACUGCUUGAUUUAAUCUUGUGAGACUAACAACAUUCUUUUUCAACUCUUUUUCCUCAAGCACAUUUUGACAGCAAAGGCAUAGUUGAAGAAUACCUCCACACGAAGAAACCGAAAGAUAAACUGAAUUUCACCAUCGUUCGCUUCCCAGGCUACUUCGAUAAUUUCAUGACCAGGCCACGCAGAUUAGACGAGAACACGUUUGUCUACGACAUUCCAAUGGAGGGGGCUCCCGUGGAUGCGAUUGACGUCAAACAAGGAGGAGAAUGUGUUUAUGGUGUGUUACCAAAUAUAGUGUUAAAAUAAUCAUACUCCUGUAACGGAAGUUUCCUCCCACCACUUCAUCGAGUUGCCCUUUGAAUGGAGGUAUUUUCGAGGCUGUUACCCACGGUAUAAUCUUAGCAUCUUUCAAUAAGACAGAGGAUUAAAGCAAAUCUGAAACGGAGAAAUAUUUUAAGGGAACAAUAACAGCACUGAAAAGUUUUUAACAUCCUAUUUGUAUAUUUCGAUUCUGUAGGCAUAUUGAAAGACCCUGAUUGUUUUCGCUUUAAAACUAUUGGUCUGAGCGCCGACCAACUGACUAUUCAGCAGUACUGUGACAUAUUAUCAGAACAUCUGAGCCCUAAGACAUUCCAGGUUAGUUGACAAACUACUUAAAUCCUAGCUGGACCUCUCCUUAACUAGUGUCUUUGUUGAGUCAUUAGGGACCAUAGUAGCAAAACAACAACUUUGCAUGUGCAUCACGCUUUUUUGUACAUCUCUUUGCCGUCAUUGCGCGACUACAACGUGAAAGUGCCUAAUUUCUUCCUUUAUUCACGUUUUAUCGAGGACGGAAACACAAGACAACAACUUUCUUUUUCUUUUCUUGAACGUUAAUACAGGACGGCAGAGAGAAGAGGAUGGUGAAGCGUUUGCGUGUGACAAACGUGAUAGGGCUUAUUACUUGUGUGUUUUGUCGUGAUCUUCACUUAACAUUAAUCAGUUUGUUUUGGUGUUUUACAAAGAUGUGCUUCAGUAAAAUAAGUUGAAGCUUAGAGGGAAGUUUUCUUUCAAACUUUCAAACAUGGUUAUUGUCAUGCUUGACACACAAGGUUUGCCGUUUUCUUUCCUCUAGUCUUGUCGGGUCCGGGGGGGGGGUACUCCCGCGAAUUUUGGAUAGGGGUGCGCCGCGAAGGUUCGUGAACCCUAACCCUAUUUAAGGACUAAGAAAGCGAAAACUGAAGCCGACAAAUGACACCCUAUUCAAGGAAAAAACAAAAUUAUUAAUAGCAUGAAAAGGAAAACUUUAUUUCUUUUCUGUAACAUUGGAUGUAUAGCAUCAAGCAUAAAAUACUAGAAAUAGCAUAGUUUAAAAACAAAUGUUCGUUUAGGCGGGCGUUUUCACACUCCAGUAUUAGAUAAUACAAUUAAGCUACCCUAUCUAAGGACCACACCAGGGACACAGAAACAAAAGGGUCAAACAAGAUACCCUAUUUAAGGACCGAGAACCUAAAAAACCAUACCCUAUUUCGCCGCACGUACUUAUAUAGCCCAUAUGAGGGAGUAUCCCCGCCUCCGGGUGUCGGGUAAGUUCAUUAUUUACACUGGAAAUACCUCCCUGUACAUCCUUUAAUUUCCUUCACAUGUGUCCCUCUUAAAAUACGAAAACCUCAGUCUUAUUUUUCUUUUUAACGCUAAACUUGUCAAAUGCAAGGUUGAGGGACGAGGCGUAUAAUAUCUUUACUGUUUUCUUAACCUUAAAACGUCAAUGAAAACGUUCCUGUUUUAUUCUUGAAGGAUUCUAAAAUCACCUUGGAUCAGUUUAGAGCUCUUGGCUUUCCCGGAGCAGUGGAACUUGGAAAUAUGUUCGAGUAUUAUAAGCGAGGAAACCCGGACUGCGAUAUCGAGUUGACAAAGAAGCUGAAUCCAGAUCUUCAAGGGUUUGAGGCGUGGGUGAAGGCCAACAAGGAAAUGCUUGAAAACAACUUUAACUCGUUGAACAUAGAGUCUUAA